CGCUCCAGCAGCCGCCAGUGUGGGUGCUCCGCGGCCGGCUCCUCUCUCCUCUGUCUUCUCCUCUGCUCUCGGCUCCCCACCCCCUCUCCCUCCCCUCCCCUCCUCUUCCCUCCUCUCCUCUGCAGCGCCUGCAUUAUUUUCUGCCCGCAGGCUCGGCGUGCACUGCUGCUGCAGCCCGGGGAGGUGGGUGGGUGGGUUGGCUGGUGGGGAGGAGAUUGUGCAAGUUGUAGGGGAGGGGGGGAACCUCUUCUUCCCCGCUCCCUUUCCCCCUUCUAACUCCUUCCCCUCCUCCUUCCCCUCCCCCCUCCUCCCUCCCUGCCCCCACCUCCUUCCUCCUUUCCGAAGGGCUGGUAACUUGUUGUGCGGAGCGAGCGGCGGCGGCGGCGGCGGCGGCACCACCACCACCACCAUCCAGGCGGGCACCAUGGGCACGUCCGCGCGCUGGACGCUCUGGCUGCUGCUCGCGCUGUGCUGGGCGUCCCGGGAGAUCGGCGCCACCGGAGCCGGAAGAAAAGCCAAAUGUGAACCCUCCCAAUUCCAGUGCACAAAUGGCCGCUGUAUUACACUGUUGUGGAAAUGUGACGGGGACGAAGACUGUGCAGAUGGCAGUGAUGAAAAGAACUGUGUGAAGAAGACAUGUGCUGAGUCUGACUUCGUGUGUAACAAUGGCCAGUGUGUUCCCAACCGAUGGCAGUGUGAUGGGGAUCCUGACUGUGAAGAUGGUUCUGAUGAAAGCCCAGAACAGUGCCAUAUGAGAACAUGCCGCAUAAAUGAAAUCAGCUGUGGCGCCCGUUCUACUCAGUGUAUCCCAGUGUCCUGGAGAUGUGAUGGUGAAAAUGAUUGUGACAGUGGAGAAGAUGAAGAAAACUGUGGCAACAUAACGUGUAGCCCUGAUGAGUUCACUUGCUUCAGUGGCCGCUGCAUCUCCAGGAAUUUUGUGUGCAAUGGUCAGGAUGACUGUAACGAUGGCAGCGAUGAGCUGGACUGUGCCCCACCGACCUGUGGCGCCCACGAGUUCCAGUGCAGCACGUCCUCCUGCAUCCCCAACAGCUGGGUGUGUGACGAUGAUGCAGACUGCUCAGACCAGUCGGAUGAGUCCCUUGAGCAGUGUGGCCGCCAGCCAGUGAUACACGCCAAGUGCCCGGCCAGCGAGAUCCAGUGUGGCUCUGGCGAGUGCAUCCACAAGAAGUGGCGAUGUGACGGGGAUCCUGACUGCAAAGACGGCAGCGAUGAGGUCAACUGUCCUUCUCGAACCUGCAGACCUGACCAAUUUGAGUGUGAGGAUGGUAGCUGCAUCCACGGCAGCAGGCAGUGUAAUGGGAUCCGAGACUGUGUUGAUGGUUCUGAUGAAGUCAACUGCAAAAAUGUCAAUCAGUGUCUGGGCCCUGGAAAAUUCAAGUGCAGAAGCGGGGAAUGCAUAGAUAUCAGUAAAGUUUGUAACCAGGAGCAGGACUGCAGGGACUGGAGUGACGAGCCCCUGAAAGAAUGCAAUGUGAAUGAAUGCUUGGUUAAUAAUGGUGGAUGUUCCCAUAUCUGCAAAGACCUAGUUAUAGGCUACGAAUGUGACUGUGCGGCUGGGUUUGAACUGAUAGACAGAAAAACCUGUGGAGAUAUUGACGAAUGCCAAAAUCCGGGAAUCUGCAGUCAAAUUUGUAUCAACUUAAAAGGCGGUUACAAGUGUGAAUGUAGUCGUGGCUAUCAAAUGGAUCUUGCCACUGGCGUGUGCAAGGCAGUAGGGAAAGAACCAAGUCUGAUCUUCACGAAUCGAAGAGACAUCAGGAAGAUUGGCUUAGAGCGGAAAGAAUAUAUCCAACUGGUGGAACAGCUAAGAAACACCGUGGCUCUUGAUGCUGACAUUGCUGCUCAGAAACUGUUCUGGGCUGACCUAAGCCAAAAGGCCAUCUUCAGUGCCUCAAUUGAUGACAAGGUUGGUAGACAUGUUAAAAUGAUCGACAAUGUCUAUAAUCCUGCAGCCAUUGCUGUUGAUUGGGUGUACAAGACCAUCUACUGGACUGAUGCGGCUUCUAAGACUAUUUCAGUAGCUACCCUAGACGGAACCAAGAGGAAGUUCCUGUUUAACUCGGACUUGCGAGAGCCUGCCUCCAUAGCUGUGGACCCGUUGUCUGGCUUUGUUUACUGGUCAGACUGGGGUGAACCAGCUAAAAUAGAGAAAGCAGGAAUGAAUGGAUUUGAUAGACGGCCGCUGGUGACAGUGGACAUCCAGUGGCCUAACGGAAUUACACUUGACCUUAUAAAGAGCCGCCUCUAUUGGCUUGACUCCAAGUUGCACAUGUUAUCCAGUGUAGACUUGAACGGCCAGGAUCGUAGGAUAGUGCUGAAGUCUCUGGAGUUCCUAGCUCAUCCUCUCGCACUAACAAUAUUUGAGGAUCGUGUCUACUGGAUAGAUGGGGAAAAUGAAGCAGUCUAUGGUGCCAAUAAAUUCACUGGAUCGGAGCUGGCCACUCUAGUUAACAACCUUAACGAUGCCCAAGACAUCAUUGUCUAUCAUGAACUCGUACAGCCAGCAGGUAAAAAUUGGUGUGAGGAAGACAUGGAGAAUGGAGGAUGUGAAUACCUAUGCUUGCCAGCACCGCAGAUUAAUGAUCACUCUCCAAAAUAUACCUGUUCCUGUCCCAAUGGGUACAACCUGGAGGAAAAUGGCCGGCAGUGCCAACGGAUCAACGUGACCACAGCAGUAUCGGAGGUCAGCAUUCCCCCAAAAGGGACUUCUGCUGCCUGGGCCAUCCUUCCCCUCUCGCUCUUAGCAAUGGCAGCAGUAGGUGGCUACCUGAUGUGGCGGAAUUGGCAACACAAGAACAUGAAAAGCAUGAACUUUGACAAUCCUGUGUACUUGAAGACCACUGAAGAGGACCUGUCAAUAGACAUUGGUAGACACAGUGCUUCUGUUGGACACACAUACCCAGCAAUAUCAGUUGUAAGCACAGACGAUGAUCUAGCUUGACUUCUGAGACAAGGCUUGACCUUUGAGGUCUAAACCAAUAAUACCCCCCUUCGGAAUGGUAACCGAGCCAGCAGCUGAAGUCUCUUGCUUCCUCCAGCCUGGAAGAAUGUCAAGAUAUCUUUGUGUGGAUCAAGCUUGUAUACUUGACUGUUUUUAUAUUACUUUUGUAAAUAUUCCUGUCCACAUUCUACUUCAGCUUUGGAUGUGGUUACCAAGUAUCUGUAACCCUUGAAUUUCUAGACAGUAUUGCCACCUCUGGCCAAAUAUGCACUUUCCCUAGAAAGCCAUAUUCCAGCAAUGAAACUUGUGCUAUAGUGUAUACCACCUGUACAUACAUUGUAUAGGCCAUCUGUAAAUAUCCCAGAGAACAAUCACUAUUCUUAAGCACUUUGAAAAUAUUUCUAUGUAAAUUAUUGUAAACUUUUUCAAUGGUUGGGACAAUGGCAAUAGGAUAAAACGGGUUACUAAGAUGAAAUUGCCAAAAAAUUUGUAAACUAAUUUUGUAUGUGUGAAUGAAAUCUUUGACCUCAAUGGAGGUUUGCAAAGACUGAGUGUUCAAACUACUGUACAUUUUUUUUCAAGUGCUAAAAAAAUUAAACCAAGCAGCUUAACCAUG